CCCCCCAGGCUCCGUGCCGGGGAUGCCCAAGGGUGCGAGGUACAGCGAGGGAUGAGCCGCGAUGCCCAGGCAGCCACGGCGCGGGGGUUUGGAUGUGGACAUCUGGGAGAGAGUUGGGCCUCCGGGGGUGGGGAUGAGGGUCCUCGGGACCCGUCGUCCCUAGAGGUGGAGAGAGAAGAGCAGGAGGCGGCGACAAAGGGCGAACGCCCCAGGCACCGGAACGCUGGCGGGACCUGCGCAUGCGUAGGAGGAGACUUUGGCGUCGCCCAGCGUCGUCAAGGUAACCCUGAUCCGCAGCAGCUGGCCAUGGCCUCGGGGACUGGAGGGAGCUGGGGUCAUCACCCAGCACAGACUGCAGCCCCGACGCCCUGGGUGACCAUUCCGCAGCCCCUCCUGUGGGCCAUCCCACCUCCGUCCCCACGGCCGGGCCGCGUGAAGGAAGACCUGCUGGAACUGAUGCUGCUGCAGAACGCGCAGAUGCACCAGCUGCUUCUGAGUGGCCAGGUGGCCGCGGUGCUCAACCAGGGGCUUGCCUGGUCCGGCCCGCAGUUGUACAAUCCCCAGGUCUACCUGGAGGGUCAACAGGAGGCAGCGUAUGAAGAGGAGGAGGAGACCGAAGCCCAGGAGGAGGGGCCUUUGGUGUUCCACCACCACUACCUGCCCUGCCUGAUGCCUGCUCUGGGCCCCCUGCUCUCCUGGCCGGCCCCUCUCCUUUCCCCUCCCCUACCUCAGCCCUGCUUGCAGCACUUGGCCAGGGUUCAGCACUACCCUUCUACCUCUGGGAAAAGGGGGACGAGAGCCGUGCCCCCGCCUCCACCCCCCAGCGCCACAGGGACUGUGGGUGUGGAUGUACCCCCAGCUUCAGAUUACUAUGAUGCCGAGAGCCUACCCCCCAACUAG